UUAAUAUUGUUGAUUCCAGAAUCACAGAAAUUUGGAACGCUUGUCCUCAUCAUGGCUGAAGAUGCAGAUUGGGGAGGGGAUUCAGUGACAUCUACAUCAAGUAAACAGAAAGGUAACAAAUGGUAGUCAAUUAUACUUGGCCAGAUUACUCGCAACGAGCUACAGUGUUUGUGAUCGUCUGUCGACAUCAUGGCUGAAGGUGGUAACUGGGGAGGUGAUUCAGUGGCCUCUACAUCAAAGAAACAAAAAGGUGGGAAAUUAAUUCAAGUGGGCAAGGUCUUCAAAAGGCUUUGGCCAGGCACCUCAUCAAAAGAAGAUGGUCAGAACACAGGAACAACGACAGAAAAGCAAAGUCGGAUUGAGUGCAGAACGUCAAUGGAAUGUGAACCCGCCGAAGAGGAAAGGGAACAAUGUCAGUCCCGAGGGCAAGGAAUAGGAGACGGGGUUCACGGCCCUGGAACUGACCCAAGUGGCAAAAUCCACCAUGACCGAGAUUCAUCUAACAAGGAAUCAUCGAGUCUCAUCCAAGGAGCAGAGCAGCAGAAUAUGGUAACACCUAUCCACACCACGGCUGAAGUUGGAAACAGGACUGCGGCUCCAGUGACCUCAACAACAAGGACGGACACAGAUCUAACGUCUACAUUCUCUGAGCUCCUGACACAGUGGAACGACUACCAAUUGUUCCAACUGAUAAAUUUCUAUCGGGAGAGACUGAAACCGGCGAUUGAAGAAGUGGUUGAAAGUCUCGGCCUCAUGAUGAGGCAGGAGGGAUGUUUCAGUGAACAAGAACACGGGAAUAUCGCUGAGCUCGUGGUAAAGAGAAACCGCAGAGACAGUUCCACACUCUUCGUCAGUCUGGUGAUGGAGAAGGGUAACCGUGCCCGGCGGGUGAUGUGGGAAUCAUUUGUGAAAAUGCAGAAUGAAUUACCAAAGCUGAACAAAAUACUGAAAGAAAUCCAGGAGCUCGGUCCUGAUCCACAUGAAUACAUAAACAUCCUCAGAGGUUUAUCUGUAUUACCCUCUCAUAUGGAAGAUGUUCAACACAAACACAAGGAGACUCUGCGAGCACAGACUGAAACACUGAGCGUGAACACGAUCCAGAUGAAGGAGAAGGUUAAGGUUUUCCAGUUGCUUGAUCGAUACGCUGAGCUCACAAUCAUCUCCACUGUUCGAGAUCGGACACUGGUGGAACAUGAGCUGCUGGCAAGAGGUCGGGAUCAUGAAGAGUGGAGAGAGAAAUGUCUCCGGAGAGAAUUGGAAAAAAUCAGGACAGAUCAAUUGUUCCAGAGCAGCUUUACCCGGAGUAAAUCCCGAUCUGGGUGUACAGCAUCAGUGGUCGGAGUCGCGGGGAUCGGAAAAACAACAUUGGUGCAAAAGAUUGUUCAUGACUGGGCCACGGGGAAAAUAUACCAACACUUCCAAUUUGUCUUCAGUUUCAAAUUCCGAGAUUUGAACACUAUUAACUGCAGAAUAACCCUGAGGGAACUGAUUCUGGAUCAGUAUCCUUACUUUAAGAAUAUCCUGGGAGAAGUCUUGAAGAACCCAGAGGGAUUGCUGUUUAUAUUCGAUGGUUUGGAUGAAUUCAAGGGUAGAAUCGAUUUUUCUGACAGUCGGAGAGAUACAGAACCUAAGCAUCAGUGCCCAGAUCCCGAGUGGUGGUGUGAAGUGUCUGACAUUGUGUACAGUUUAGUCCAGCACAAGCUUCUCCCAGGGUGUUCAGUGCUAGUGACCACCCGCCCCACUGCGUUACAUUUACUGGAAAAGGCAGAGAUCACUGUCUCGGCUGAAAUUCUGGGAUUUGUUGGUGAGGAACGGAAAGAAUAUUUCACCAGGCAUUUUGAAGAUCAGACGGUGGCAGCAGCUGUUUUCAAACAUGUGAAGGAGAACGAGAUCCUGUACACCAUGAGCUACAACCCCUCCUACUGCUGGAUCCUCGGCCUGACACUGGGCCCCUUCUUCACACAAACACACCGGGACCCGCAGCGGGUUCCCAAGACCAUCACCCAACUAUAUUGCUGCUUUAUUUACAACAUCCUGAAAAACCACGGCCGUGAGAUUGAGAACCUUCGUGAGGUGUUACUGAGGGUUGGUCAGAUGGCCUUCACUGGAGUGUCCGAGAAGAACAUUGUGUUCACAGAUGGAGAUUUGAUCAAAUACAAUCUGCAGCCUUCCCAGUUCCUGUCCGGGUUCCUGAUGGAACUUUUGGAGAGAGAGGAUUCAGCCCGGAGCGUGGUGUACACCUUCCCCCACCUCACUAUCCAAGAGUUUGUAGCCGCACUCGCACAAUUCCUGACUGUAGAUCCCGACGAUAUCAUGAAAUUCCUGUCUGAAGCUCACAGCACAACAGACGGGCGAUUUGAAGUAUUUCUCCGUUUUGUCGCUGGUCUCUCCUCCCCACGGGCAGCUCGGGUCCUGGAGGAGUUUCUGGGUCCAUUUCCUAAUGAAACAACCUGCCGAGUAAUUGACUGGGUGAAGGAGGAGGUUAAACGGCAGGCUGGAAACAAAGGGGGCGACGAUGGUAAACGGAGGCUCCUGAACACGAUGCACUACCUGUUUGAAUCUCAGAAUCCUGCACUGACUCAGCAGACACUGGGAUCUGUGGAAACACUUUCAUUCCGUGGACUGGAAUUGACCCCAAUUGACUGUGCGGUCCUGUCUCAUGUCAUCAGGCCCUGUGAUACAAUGAAACACCUCGAUCUGUGGAACUGCCGCAUUCAGUGUGAAGGUCUCCAGCGGCUGGGACCGGCUCUGCAGAAGUGUCAGCACUUGGGGCUGGAAAAUGUCGGUCUCACAGAUUCUGGAGCCGAAGUUCUCGUCUCCGCUCUCAGUACAAACCGAACGGUGACGAUGCUGGAGCUGGGAUACAACUCCCUCACCGAUGAAUCUGUUCCCGCUCUCCGCCGCCUCGUACUGAACCUCCCGAGUCUGAAGCUGAUUUGGCUGUGGGGGAAUAAAUUCAGUGCAGAUGGACGGAACCAGCUGAGUAGUCUUCCGAGAAUCAGACCCGGACUAAGACUGACCGUGUGAACAUCUCUAGUGUGAACGUCACCGCCCUGGGGACCGGAAUAUUGUUGGCCGAUUCACCGCACUCCCCUUGAAACGGCCGCCCUCCCCUCGAAACGGCCGGCGCGCCGGGAUUAAACACCAACGGUUCCCGGGCGGGCUGUGUCAUAGAAACAUAGAAAUAUAGAAAAUAUGUGCAUGAGUAGGCCAUUCGGCCCUUCGAGCCAGCACCGCCAUUCAUUGUGAUCAUGGCUGAUCAUCCCCUAUCAAUAACCCGUGCCUACCUUCUCCACAUAUCCUUUGACUCCACUCGCCCCUAGAGCUCUAUCUAACUCUCUCUUAAAUCCAUCCAGUGACGGCCUCCACCGCCCUCUGUGGCAGGGAAUUGCAUAAAUUCACAACUCUCUGGGUGAAAACGUUUUUUUUUUCUCACCUCUUAAAUUACCUUCCCUUUAUUCUAAGACGGUGGCCCCUGGAUCGUGACUCACCCAACAUUGGGAACAUUUCCCCUGCAUCUUGCUUCUCCAGUCCUUUUAUAAUUUUAUAUGUUUCUAUAAGAUGGGCCCCUCAUCCUUCUAAACUCCAGUGAAUACAAGCCUAGUCUUUUCAUUCUUUCCUCAUAUGACAGUCCCGCCAUCCCAGGGAUCAAUCUCGUGAACCUAUGCGCUGCACUGAUUCAAUCACAAGGAUGUCCUUCCUCAAAUUAAGAGACCAAAAUUGUACACACUAUUCCAGAUGUGGCCUCACCAGAUCCCUAUAUAAACUGCGUCGUCAGAGGCGGCACUGCCUGCCGUCACGUCACCCGGAUUCGCGGUGCUGCUGCUGGUGCCGGAUAUCCGGUACUGCCCCCAGUCGGAGACAUGUGAAUUGCAGCCGGACCUGAUGUCAUCAUUAGCGGCCCCCCGAUCUUGGUGCGGAACGAUGGUGACAACAGCUACAAUGUUCAAACUGUUCAUUCACACAACGAUGUCUGUUACUGCUUUAUCAUCUGUAAAUCAUAUGUGAAUUGUUUAUUACAUUUUAAUAUUUGUAAAGUUUAUUGAUGUAUAGCCUACUAAUAUUUGCAAAACUCAAUAAACACUUGUCAAUUCUGG